AUGCCGUUCCAGUUCCCGCAAAUGGGUAAAAAGACCCGGCGAAAAUCUGGGGCCUACCUGACACUCCAAACCGCAAGGUACGCGACGGAGGCCGCAGCAAUCGACGCUCGACACGGCACCUACCUCUUAAAGGACCCCGCGGAACCAGACGGAUACACAAUGGGUCGCAGGUCACAAAAGCCUCCACCAACCGCCGGCAGAGGCACCCACGAUAUCGGCGACAUGCUGCAGAGGCCAAUGGCGCCCAAGAUGGCGACCCCGGCGGAGCGCACACCAGCAUCUCCAGACGAGGGGGAACAGCAUGGGGCUGGAUUAGAAAUAUCCACCGCUCCCCAAGCCACAGAGUCACUUGCCGGCCAAGACACACAAACCCCGGCUACCAAACAAGAUAUUGCCAUCCUCCUGAUGGAAAUGAGGAGAAUGCAUGCAGCAGAUAUCAACCUAAUAAAGACUGAAAUGCAAGCGAUGACCGCACGCACACGGGCCACAGAGAAGGACAUCCUAGAUCUCCAAAGAGAGGUGAGAGAGAUAAAAGACACUUGUUACCAUAUGCAGGCCGCACAGUCCACCCUAAUCACAAGACUGGACCAAACAAAAGACCGCAACAGACGUGCUAACCUAAAAUUAAGGGGGAUCCCAGACACCAUAGACUCAUCAGAACUACCCCACUACGUCUCAUAG